UUGAGAAAUGAGAUAUUAUGCUUGCGUUUGAAGAGCUAAAUUACCUGCUUAUCAACAACGGGCGGAUGUACUACGGGCGAUCAACGAACAUAAAGUAGUGUUGAUCACUGGCGGGACAGGAUGUGGAAAAACAACACAGGUACCACAAUUCUUGCUGGAAGAUGCGCAUGAAAAUCAGCAACCCCUGCGAAUUGUGUGCACACAACCACGACGCCUACCAGCAAUUGCGGUGGCAAGUCGAGUAGCCAGGGAACGCGGUGAAGUACUUGGAACCACUGUAGGAUACCACAUACGAUUAGAACAGAGGUCGGCCUGGAGUAUUUUUAAUUGCUUCUGUUUGCUCUGUAAUAUAACGAUAAUCAUGUGGAAAGAUGAGAUCCAUGAGCGAGAACAAAAUACUGACUACUUAUUAAUAGCUCUUAAGCAGGCUUUGAAGAAAAGAAGUGAUUUGAAGGUUAUUUUGAUGUCUGCUACAAUGGAGGGAAAUCUCAUGCUCUUUACCAACAGUAAUUCAGUACGAGCACGUCUGUACAACGUGGAGAGGUUUUUCCUCGGCGAUGUUAUUGCAAUGACUGGGUUCGUUCCAGAAGAGAAUAUGUUUAGUAGCAUGUUUAUGUCGACGGGUUUUCAGGACGUUGGAAUUUGUAAUUUUCCUACGAUAUUCUGCAGUUUUUUAUUUGUUGUUUCGCAGUAUCUAUGCUAUUGCUGGCUCGUACUAGGUGCUGUUCUCGUAUUUCUACCUGGAUUUGAUGAUAUCACCCAGAUGCGCGACAAAAUCCUUAGUGAGUCGUGGCGUGGUCGCCAACCUGUAGUUUUCACCCUUCACUCACAGAUGAAUUCUUUCGAGCAGCAAAAGGUGUUUGACUCAGUUGGACUGACCGAGAGGAAAGUGAUUCUGUCGACGAAUAUUGCUGAGGCCUCGCUAACAAUUGACGACGUUGUAUUCGUAAUCGAUUGUGGUAAGGUGAAAGAGAAGACCUAUGACCACACAUCGAGAAUCAGUCAGUUGAAAGUGACUUGGAUAGCGAAAAGCAACGCUGAACAGCGUUGUGGGCGAGCUGGACGGUGCCAAGAAGGUUUUUGUUUCUGUCUAUACAGCGUUGAAGAUUACGACGCGAUGCUUCCGACCCAAAUGGCGGAGAUGCAGCGAACAGCAAUUCAUGAUGUAUGUCUUCAUGCAAAGAUGUUUGCGCCGGAGAAUAUGACGGUGAAACAGUUCCUUCAAAUGGCGCCCGAGCCUCCAUUGGCGGAUUCUGUGGAUAAGAGUAUGGCGUUUUUAGAGCGUGUUCAGACAACUUUGUACGAUGUUUGUUUAGCUCGUCUACUCCUUUUCGGUGUGGUGUUGAGGUGCUUGAAUCCUGUUGUAACACUUGUCGCUGCUCUGUCAUACAGAGAUCCAUGUAUGAAUUCGCAAAUAUUUUACUUUAUUAAAGUGAUUCCUUACGUAAUGUACGCCAGUUAUAGUCGUCAAUUACUAAUCGAAUUACGUCGAGUGCGAAUGAUCUCCUCUGAUGGCGACGUGAUGAACGCUCUUCGUGAUGUGACAUACAAUUAUUAUUCUUCUUGUUGGGAAAUGGUUCAAGCAGCUAUAGUGGCUGGUUGCUACCCUGGGAUAGGUUUUGUACGAGCUGGAAAUAAGUUGAAGAAGAUCAGAACAAGGUUGUUUUCGAACUCUCAUAAAAUUUGUGAAUAUGUCUAUGAAUGUAAGUAG